AUGAACUCAAAAAUGUCAUCAACGUUUGAAUUAAGCAAAAGUUCUCAAGAAUCUCAAAAGCCUGAAUUAUUGCUUGUGGAUGAGCUAAGAAAUAGCAGAGAGGACGACCUUCCGAAUGUCCCUUCAUGAAGGCAAUGGAAUCAGUCAAUUUUGAACAGUUUAGCAUCUCCUUUUGUAAGUCAAGUUCUUUCAAGUUUGGCAAUAAGUAAUAGGAUAGGCAACAUAGAAGAGCUGAAACAAAGCAUGGUCAAUCUAAGGGAAAGUUUAGCAAUAAAACAGCCAGGUGAUGAUUUAGAUGCGAUCUAUCCUGAUGCAAAGCCAACAGACUCAAAUGAAUUUCUGAAUCCCCUUUAAAAUUGUAACAAAAAAACCUAUUUUUUUAAAAAUUUUAUAAUUGAAUUUUAAUUUAUUUAUUUAUUUUAGGAAUUAUUCAAAGAUUAAUCGAUUUAAUGUUAAAACUAUUGAAAUAAUAUAGAAAUUGCCCGAGGAUGGCGCAAAAUAGCGCCAUCCUCGGGCAAUUUCUAUAAUAUUAGAUUGCACUUUUUCAAUUAAAUAUCAAAAAGCUAGUUUUAUAAAAUUAGUAUUUCAACCUAUAAAAUUUUCCUAUUGAAAAAAUUUUUUUUCUAAUUUAAUGGAGGGGUGAGAAGAAAAGUCCAGGCAAGAGAAAGUUUAGAAGACAUUCGAGUCAGCGCCAAAGACAUCAUUGAGAUAGCUACACAGGGCAAAACUGAAAUUAAAGAAGAAAUCCGUGUCACAGACAAUCUAAUAGCUGAGGUCCUUAGCCAAAUGCACGUAAAGCCAGACAGUGUCAGAGGACUUGUGGAAUUCAUAGGACUGAUAAAAGCCGAUAUAGAUCAAGAGCGAACUCAAAGGCCUCCAAACUAUCAAAAUGCUUUGCUUUUGCAAGAAAAAGAAAGCAAAAUUGCAGAGCUGCAAAAUGACAUAGCCAAGUGUCAUGCACAAAUGCAGAGCUUUAUGGAUGUAAUUUUCCAAACCAUGGGAGCUUUGAAAGAUAUAAACUCCAAGUUCAAUGAAGAAGAAAAAAAUUCAAACAAAAAUUAUAAAAGAAAGCAGGCAGAGCUUGAAGAGCAGGUUUCUGUGCUUAAAAAUGCUAUCACAAAAAGUGAACGAGAAUUAAUCGAUACUAAAAAAUUUCUAGAUGCAGAAAGGCUAAAAAACCAAGAAAUAAUAGCAGGAAUUAAUUCAAAAAAACAAGAAAAUGCCUCUCAAGUGCUAGAAAAGCUAAACGCAGACAACCAAGAGCUCCUUAAAAGAAUCCAAAGUAAUAACGCAUUAUUAGAACAGCUAAGCCAACAAAUCAGAGAAAAAGACGAAAAAAUUGAAAAAAUAGAGUCAGAAAAAGCCGAAAUUUUGGAAGUUAUAGGACAAGUUGUAGAAGCUGCCAAAAAUAUCAUGAAAAAUGAGCAGAGUAAUAAGAGGCAGAACUUAAUGAAUUUUGCUGAGGUGAUGAUGAGCAUGGAAAGCUUGACUCACUCAAAAGAGUAA